AUGGAACUUAAAUAGAUGUUGUUGGCAGACUUCUUUUUAGUAUUAGGAUUAAGAGCACUUAUAUCAUUGUUGAUCCUUUUGAGGUUGAUUGUAAAAUUGAAUGAGAUUGGAAGGUCUUAAUUAAAGAAGGCCAACAAUAAAGAUUUCAAAAGAAUAAAUACCAUCAAGCAAAAAAAAGAGAUGUAACCCUUGAAAAUAUUAGAAAAUAUAAAUUAAUGUGACUUGUGA